AUGGCGACCAUCUCAACCGACUUCCUAGAAGUCGACGAACGUCAUAGGAAUCCCAGUCAUACUCGGUCGCGCUCAGGAGGCUACGUUGAUACCAUAGAAGAAAAGGCGAGAUGGGAUCGAAGGAGUCGCGAACAAGAAAUGAAACGCUAUCAUGACAGUCGGCAUGGUACAGCCUCAUCUCCACGAAUUGCUAACUCUCCUACAACGCCUGACCGACUCGGCGUCCCCGUCUUCGAAACUACUGGGAGGAUGCGAUCGAGUUCAGAAGCUGGUCAAAGGGACAGAAGGUCAGAACGACGGUACAACACUCAGGAGGUCCGGCCCAGCGCGAUACCAGUUUCUGGCUACGAUUUGACCAACGAGCCAGUCCUGUCAAGUCAACUACCUGUAAGGUACGAAGGCAAGCCGCAGCACCAGAAGAAACCAAGCAUCAAAGUGGAAAUCCACCAGGACAAUCCGCCAUUGCCCACAAACGGUCAGGCUUUUAGGGCGAAGCGAAGCCCGAGCGCUAGCCCAAGAUCACCCACUGCACGACCCGAGCUUCAGUACCAGUAUGCGACGCUACAAAACAAACUGGACCAGAUCAGUAGCACGUGUUCUCCAUACAUGGAUGUUGAGGCUGCGGAACCUCAAGAUCUCACGUUCGACAAGAUAGUAGAACACACUAAAGCUUUUGCUUUCGAUCUGCAAGUGUGGGCUCAUCUUGCGAAUCUCGACGGUAUGGCUAAGGUAGACCCGCGUAAGAGAGAAGUCGUGGACGCCGCAUCGCGGAGCCUAGACCGCCUGUUGUAUCUGGUGGCAGCAUUGAACGACGCUUGCUCCCAGGCCAAGCCAAGGGACCUGAAGUUCAAGAAGCUUCCUGAGAUCGACGACGAGACGUUAUUCGAGGACGGAGAUGACGACAGCCUAGACGCCAUUGAGCUGCAAAUCCAGAAUCUGAAGAGACUGAGUCGAACAUUGCAAGAGGCCACACCGGAUGCAAAAGAUGAGGUCGUGGCAGUCGCGAAGCUCGUAACGGAAACCGUGAAGUACUUCGGCUCGGAAGAGGCACUACAUCGCUAUGGGAUCAAUGAGAAGAUCUCUGGGAGGAGAGGUUUGGAAGAAGCAAGGUACACGAAUUCGCAUUAG